AUGCAUUCCAACGAUGAUAGCUCACUUGGCGAAAGUGACUCGCAAGCAAAUCAGAUAGAAUCAAAUGAGGAAGAGGCUUUGGAUGAGAGGAGCAAAAGGCGAAAAAAACUUGCAGCCUCGGCUACGGCAAAUUAUCAUGUCGGAACUCAUUUGAAGUGUAUAAAACCAACAGAAGAUAUUUUCAAUCCCGAAGAUCCGAAAAUUCGUGAGGACAUAAUUCGAAUGGUAAUUCAAUAUCUUUCUGACGAAGGUUAUACCGCUUCAAAAAUGACCAUUUACGAUGAAGCGAACGUGAAGUGGCACGAAAGAGAAGAGCGUGUUGUGGAACUCAAACGAUUAAAAAAAGCAGUACUUGAUGGCGAUUGGACUGAGGUCGAUAAGCUUUGUGUGAAACCCUUGGUUAAGAAUCAUAAGAGCUUCUUGUAUGCUGUUUACAAGCAACAAUAUCUCGAGCAUAUCGAGAAUCAGGAAAUCCAAAAGGCGUUCACUUUCCUGAAUAAAAGGUUGAAACCACUCGAGCAUCUUCAAAUGACUCCCAAUGAAUUUAAAGAUUUGUGUUACUUGUUGACAGCGAAAUCUGUACGCGACGCGCCAUCGUUCAGAAAUUGGGAAGGGAUUGGCCCUGCGAGAGAAAGAUUGGUUGAACAAUUCCAGAAUAUGCUUAAUUUUGAGAACACGGAUAAGGAUGGUUCCAUAUACGUACCUCCCAAUCGUCUCCUUGCACUGCUUCGUCAAGCCGUCGCUUAUCAAAUUGAAUUCUCACGAUAUCACCCCCGCGUAGCACCGCGGGUGAACACACUACUACAAGAUUACAGCAGCUUCGUCAUACCCAAUGCAACACAUGCGACACUGAUUGGGCAUCGUGGUAAUGUAAAGUGCGUCGAUUUUAUUGGGGAAGAAGGUCGUGAAAUUGUUAGUGGCUCCAGCGAUAAUACCCUAAGACUAUGGGAUACUGAAACUUCGAAAGAAAUCGGCAUUUUGAAAGGUCAUGAUUCUCGUAUUUGGGAUGUUUCCUCCAAUAAAAAUGGAACCAUCAUUUCUAGCGCAAGCGGCGACGGAACGGUUAAGUUAUGGGACAUAAAAGCAAACCAGAAUUCAUGUCUGUCUUCCUUGUCUGGACAUUCGGGUGAUGUUUAUACAGUCAAAUUCCAUCCCGGAGAUAAUAAUGUGGUUACAGGAGGUUACGACAAGAUCAUAAGACUCUAUGAUAUCUCAACUGGUCAAUUGGUAAAAAUGUUUACCGGUCACCAAUUGUCUGUAUCAAAAACUAUUUUCAAUCCUCUGGGUAAUUUGAUAAUCAGUGGUUCAAAGGAUCAUACAAUAAAAUUUUGGGAUAUUGUGUCGGGAUUAUGCAUAAAAACAAUAUCUUCUCAUUUAGGCGAAGUGACCUCGGUCGCGAUGAACUCUAAUGGUACUUAUUUAUUAAGCAGUUCAAAGGAUAAUUCCAAUAGAUUAUGGGAUGUGCGUCCUAUUAAAAGAUUGAAAGGGCACCAAAACACUUCAAAGAAUUUUAUUAGGGCCGGAUUCGUAAAUAAUUCUUUAAUUGUUGGCGGAUCCGAGGACGGUAUUGUAUAUAUUUGGGACCAAGAUACCGAAGAAGUUUUGCAGAAAUUAAGAGGUCACAACGGCAUGGUUUACGAUGCCAUCUGGAAUUCUAAGCAAUGCCUACUAGUUAGUUGUAGUGACGACAAAACGCUAAAAACUUGGUGGUACGAUGAAGACCUCCCGUUAGAAUUGUAA